UUUUAACUUUCACUUUCACUGAUGGUUGUGCAGCAGCAAGAAAUCCAGCAGAUUUUCCAUGAGUGACAUCAUGGCGGCGGCUGCAGCACCAAUGACAGAUGAUCUGCAACCACUGAAACGGAGCAGCAGCUUACAAUGGCUGCCACCUGACAUGUCUGAGCUGAGGGUUGUUCUGCUGGGGAACAGCUGGUCUGAGAGGAGUUCAGUGGGGAACUUCAUACUGGGAGAGACUAAGUUCAACACUGAGGAAGAACCAGACUUUCUGACAGUCAGAGGACAGUUAAAGAAGAAAGAAAUAGUUCUCAUCAACACUCCAGAUCUGCUGCAUCCCAACAUCUCUGAACACAAACUGACAGAACAUGUGGAAAACUGUGUGAGACUCUCUGAUCCUGGACCUCAUGUGUUCCUGCUGGUUCUACAGCCUGAAGACUUCACCGAGGAACACAAACUGAGACUACAAUCAAUCCUUGAACUCUUCAGUGAUCAAUCAUUUGAUCAUUCUCUGGUUCUGAUAUCAACACCCAGAGAGGAGAGUCCAGGGUUGAUGGAAAAAUAUCUGGAACGUCCUCUAUUAAAAUACAUGAUCAGAAAAUGUAGAUACAGAUAUUUGAAGGAGAAGAACCUAGAACGUUCAGAGCUGUUAACACGCUUGGUUCAAAUUGUGAAGGAGAAUAAUGGAGAAUAUGUCAGCUGUGAUGUAUUUGAGGACCCAACAGCAACUUCACCAGGUGAUCAUCAAAGUCCAAAACAAAAGGAAACUCAGACUUCUACAUAUACUGUUAUAUCUGCUGGGCUGCAUAUGGCAAAAUCUGCAAUCCCUUUGAGAACAGUGACUGACACAUCUGGACUCAGGAUUGUGCUGCUGGGAAAAAGUGAGGACAAACAGAUAAAACUUGGUAAUUUCAUCAUUGGGAACCAAACUAUUCGUCACCAGAAAGUUUCCUCAAUCCGCUGUGUGAUAGCCAAUGGAGAAUGGAGAGGAAAACCAUUAAUAGUGGUAAAAACUCCAAACAUGUUCAGUCUGUCUGAGGAGGCCAUAAAAAGAGAGAUGAAGAACUGUGUGACUCUGUGUUCUCCUGGACCAAAUGUUCUUCUGCUGUUAGUGAAACCUUCUGAUUUCACUGAGGGGAACAGACAAACACUGAAGUUCAUCCUGAGUUUGUUUGGUCAAGAUGCUUUAAAACACUCAAUGGUCAUCAUGACACAUGAGGGGAAUAAAACAAGUGACAGUCUGAAUCAGCUUCUUACAGACUGUGGAGGAAGACAAAACAACAUGGUUGAAGACAACCACACAUUGUUAAUGCAGAAGAUUGAGAACAUUGUGCAUGAAAACAAAGGAACCUUCCUCACCCUCACUGAAGAGACCAUAAGACCAAAGUCUGAACUCAUCAAACCAGCUUUAAACCUGGUUCUGUGUGGGAGGAGAGGAGCAGGGAAGACUUCAGCAGCCAAGGCUAUUUUAGGUCAGACAGAGUUUCAUUCAGUCUCCAACUCAUCAGAGUGUGUUAAACAUCAGGGAGAGGUGUGUGGACGUUGGGUUUCCCUGGUGGAGCUGCCUGCCUUGUAUGGAAAACCUCAGGAGGCAGUGAUGGAGGAAUCACUCAGGAAUAUCUCCCUCUGUGAUCCUGAGGGCGUCCAUGCCUUCAUCCUGGUCCUACCUGUGGGUCCCCUCACUGAUGAAGACAAGGGAGAGUUAAAGACCAUCCAGAACACAUUCAGCUCUCGAGUUAAUUACUUCACCAUGAUUCUGUUCACUGUGGACUCAGAUCCUACAGCUCCAGCUGUUGUUAACUUUGUGAAAGAAAACAAGGAUAUCCAGGAGCUCUGUCAGAACUGUGGAGGAAGAUAUGUUGUUCUCAACAUCAAGGACAAACAGCAGAUCCCAGAACUGUUGGACAUGGUGGAAAAAAAUACUAAAAAUAAACCACACUGCUAUACGACUGAAACAUUUGCACAUGCACAAAUGGAUAAAGUCAUACAACUUGAGAGGCUGAUAAAGAAGAACAGGAUCACUGGUGAUGAUGAAGAACGGAACCCAGAGUGUCUCAGGAUUGUGCUGAUAGGGAAGACUGGCUGUGGAAAGAGCUCAUCAGGAAACACCAUUCUAGGAAGAAAAGGGUUUAAAGCUGAUUCGAGUCAAACAUCAGUCACUAAACACUGUCAGAAAGAACAGAGUGAAGUUGAUGGUCGUCAGGUGGUUGUGGUCGACACUCCUGGUCUGUUUGACAAUAGUUUGUCUCAUGAAGAAGUUCAUGAGGAGAUGGUGAAAUGCAUCAGUCUUCUGGCUCCAGGACCACAUGUCUUCCUGUUGGUGUUACAAAUUGGCAGAUUAACACCAGAGGAGAAGGAGACAUUAAAACUCAUCAAGGAAGGAUUUGGGAAGAAUUCUGAGAAGUUCACCAUCAUUCUUUUCACAAGAGGAGAUACACUGGAAAAUGACGAGAUAUCCAUUGAAGAAUACAUUGAAAAGAAGUGUGAUGAUUCCUUUAAGAAGCUGAUCUCUGACUGCGGAGGAAGAUACCAUGUGUUUAAUAACUAUGAUAAACACAACCGCACACAGGUCAGUGAGCUGAUAACCAAGAUUGACAACAUGGUGAAGGAAAAUGGAGGCAGCUGCUACACUAAUGAGCUGCUGCAAGAGGCUGAAGCAUCAAUAAAGAAAGAAAUGGAGAGAAUCCUGAAGGAGAAGGAAGAAGAGAUGAAGAGAGAGAGGGAGGAGCUUCAAAGAAAACAUGAGGACAAAAUGGAAGAAAUGAAAAGAAGAAUGGAAGAACAGAGAUCAGAAAUUGAAAAGGAGAGAAAACUGAGAGAAAAACAACUUGAAGAAAAGGAGGAAAACAUCAGAAAAGAACAUGAGGAGAGAAAAAAAGAACAGGAAAUGAGAGAAGAAGAAGAAGACAGGAAGAGAAAACAACAGGAAGAAAUUCAACGACAGGAGUGGAAACAGAAAGUUGAAGCUUUGGAGGAAAAAAUCAAAUCGGAGUCAGAAUCAAAGAAAACCAUUGAUAGAAAGCUGGAGGAGAGCAGAGAAGAGAUGAGAAAAGAACAAGAGAAAUGGGAGAAACAACAAAAAGAAUGGUGGAAAGAACGAUUUGAAGAAAAUGAAGAGCGACAGGAGGAAGAAACAAAACUGAAAAAGCUUCAAGAAGAAUACGAACAGGAAAGAGAAAAUGAUAGAAAGAAAAGAGAAGAAGAGGAUCGAAUUAGAAGAGAACAUGAGGAAAAAGAGAAAAAAGACAUUGAGGAGAACUAUAAGAAAAAACUGGAGGAAAUGAAGAAGACACAUGAAGAAGAAGCCAGAAAGAAAGCUGAAGAGUUCAAUGAAUUCAAAGAGAAAUACAAAAAGGAAUCUGCAGCUCUGAAGGAAGAACAUGAGAAACAAAUGAAAGACAAAGAUCAACAAUAUAAUAUCUUAGAGGCUCUUAAAGUCCACAAUGAAGACAAAAUGAGGAAAAAAUAUCAAGGUGAAAUUUGUAACAUAGUGAAAUGUGUGACCAACAAGAAAAAAAAUCUGGAAAAAAUCCAAGACUUACUGACGAAACAUGAACAGGAAAUGAAUAAUGUGAAAACUGAGGAGGAAAAGGAGCUUCUGCAAAAGCAUGAAGAAGAAAUGAAUAAGUUGAUUCAGAAACUUCUGAAUGAAAAGUCAUUUUGGACAAUUCUAAAGAACUUGUUUGGUUUCAAUUAGGACAAAUACUUCUCAUUGGCUGUCUGGUGUCUGAAUCAGCAGCCUGUACAAUAUUCAUCAGCAGGUUACCAUAGCAACAGUAGUGAUGCUAACCAUAGUAAUGAAUAUAAAGAAUCUUUCCAUGUUUGUCUCAGACUGUGAUCAUGUUGAUGUGGAGGUGCAGAAACCUCACAGCUGAUCUCAGACGAGCUUUGACUGAUUACAACUUUAUUGAAGAGAUUCACAACUGAAGUGAAUGAUUUCAACAUUGAACAGAAACACAGCAGCAGUCACUGUGGGUCAGAUGAUACCAGUUCUUUGGAGUAAUGUUAUAGUCUUAGUUUUUACAUUUUAAUCAUCAGUUUUUACAUUAUUUGUCUCCCUGGUGUUUAUUUUUAUAUAGCGACUUUUACUUUUUUGAUGUUUUACAUUUUAUUGUUUCUGUUGUAUUCAUUGUUCAUCGUAUAAAAACUGUAUCUAUUGUUCAUUUUUGUUUUUAUGUGUUGUUUCAGUUUGUUCUGUGAAGUCAAUAAGAGCAUCUGAUAAUAUCUCCCUCUGGCUCAGCUCCAGUGUUCAGUCUGAGAGAUUUCUGGAUGUUUGAGUUGGAUUCUUUAAAUGACAAAAUGUUGAUUUCAGUCUGUUCUGUCUCGUGAUAAAUGAGGAUUUAAACAGUUAAUAACUCACUGACUCUGUACAAUUAUCAAACCUCUGGUCUAUUCACUGGUUGCUGAAAAUAAUAGUUCAAUUUAUAACAUACAGGAUUUCUUUGUUACAUGUCCAAUAAGAAUAGAUGCUUUAUAACUGAUGACAUCAACUUAAGACAGAAUUCAGAUGAAUCUUUAAUUGUAUGUUCUGUGUUUGAUCUUUGGUUUCUGUGUUUAUCAUUAUAAAAGAUGAAUAAAGUGUUUCCCUGUAGUUCA